CUGCUGCCUUGGAUGAAGAGAUGGAGGUGAUGGACAGCUGCCAGUUCUCCCCAUCAGAGCUCUUUUAUGACAGCUCCUGCCUGUCAUCCCCUGAGGGUGAGUUCUCCGAGGAUUUCGAGCCCAGGGAGCUGCCUCCCUUUGGAGCCCCUGCGCCCACUGAGCCCGCCUGCCCCGAGGAAGAGGAGCACGUCCGGGCCCCCAGUGGGCACCACCAGGCCGGCCACUGCCUCAUGUGGGCUUGCAAAGCCUGCAAGAGGAAAUCUACCACCAUGGACCGGCGGAAGGCAGCCACCAUGAGGGAGAGGAGGAGGCUGAAGAAAGUGAACCAAGCAUUCGAGACCUUGAAGAGGUGCACCACAGCCAACCCCAACCAGAGACUCCCCAAAGUGGAGAUCCUGAGGAACGCCAUCAGGUACAUCGAGAGCCUCCAAGAGCUCUUGAGGGAACAGGUGGAGAACUACUAUCACCUGCCGGGACAGAGCUGCUCCGAGCCCACCAGCCCCAGCUCCAGCUGCUCCGACGGGAUGGCGGACUGCGGCAGCCCGGUCUGGCCGGCGAGAGGCAGCAGCUUCGAGGCGGGCUACUGCCCCGAGAUGCCCCACGGCUACGCGGCGGAGCAGAGCGGCGCGCUGUCCAGCCUGGACUGCCUCUCCAGCAUCGUGGACCGCCUCUCUCCGGCGGAGGAGCCGGGGCUGCCCCUCCGCCACGCCGGCUCCCUCUCGCCAGGCGCAAGCAUCGACUCGGGGCCCGGGACGCCCGGCUCGCCGCCGCCCCGACGAACCUACCAGGCGCUAUGAUGGCCAGGGGCCACCACCCGUUCCGGGGCUGACCCCGGCUGCCUCUCGUCCCGCCGCCCCGCGGGAGAGGCGGCCCCGGCUCCGCUGCCGUCGGUGCAUGGGGCGAUGCCGCCGCCCGGAGCAGCCCCCGGUGCUCGGGACGCGUGUGCUGUCCUGGAAACCCCGCUACAAAUAAAGCGUGAUACCACACAGCCGGCUCGCCUGGUGCUUCUUUAACCGCAUCUCCUGGUACUCGCGGGGGCCCGGCUGCAGCGCCUGGCCCGGCUGGGAGCUCUCGGUUCCCUCACCCGCGCGGGUGCUGUUCUAGGGCUGCUCACGGAGGAGCAAAACCCUGCGGGGUCGUAUUCUCCCUCCUGUUAUGGGCAGU